GUCGGGUUUUAGUGUGCAAGCGGGUGAACUCCCAGUAACUUUUAUGGAUGGUCGUGCGCGUGGGUACUGUUGAGACGCUCCUGUCUCUCGUCUGACGCGAGACCGGCAGCAAGGUUUUUUAGUGGACUCAUCGCAGAGCGCGCGGGUGGUGUUGGUGAAGCAUGGACGAUCAACAAAGAAUGAUGCACCCAGUUUCUCAACAUACUUCCGUGAGCAUGGCCGGUCACGUCGUGCCCCAACACGGCUACGGGAUGCCUCAGCCACCGCAUGGUGUGGAUCCGACAAGUCAGGCUCCCCCGCAGGAUCAGGACGUUCGAAAACAUGACAUCUCGGAAAUCCUACAACAAAUCAUGAACAUCACCGACCAGUCGCUCGACGAAGCCCAGGCACGGAAGCAUACUCUCAACUGUCAUCGCAUGAAGCCAGCUCUCUUCAGCGUGCUGUGCGAAAUCAAGGAAAAAACAGUGCUAAGUUUACGGAACACACAAGAAGAAGAACCGCCCGAUCCUCAGCUAAUGCGGUUAGACAACAUGUUGAUCGCAGAAGGCGUUGCGGGGCCGGAGAAGGGUGGCGGUGCAGGCGCCGCCGCCAACGCCUCCGCCGCGGCGUCCAGCGGCGGAUCACAGUGUGAAAAUGCCAUCGAACACUCCGACUACCGCGCCAAAUUGGCUCAAAUUCGCCAAAUAUACCACCAGGAGCUCGAAAAGUAUGAACAGGCUUGUAACGAGUUCACGACGCACGUGAUGAACCUCCUACGUGAACAGAGUCGCACUCGGCCGAUCACGCCGAAAGAGAUCGAGCGAAUGGUACAAAUAAUUCACAAGAAAUUUAACUCCAUCCAAGUCCAGUUGAAACAGAGCACCUGUGAAGCAGUCAUGAUCCUCAGGUCCAGGUUUCUAGACGCCAGGCGGAAAAGGCGGAAUUUCAGUAAACAAGCAACAGAAAUCCUCAACGAAUACUUUUAUUCCCACCUCAGUAAUCCCUAUCCUAGUGAAGAAGCGAAAGAAGAGUUAGCUAGGAAGUGUGGUAUUACUGUAUCUCAGGUGUCAAAUUGGUUUGGUAAUAAAAGGAUAAGGUAUAAGAAAAAUAUUGGUAAAGCUCAAGAAGAAGCUAACCUUUACGCUGCCAAAAAAGCAGCGGGUUCUUCCCCUUACAAUAUGGUGCCAACGUCCCAAGGACAGCAACCGGGCCAAAUGAUAAGCCCACCUCCCCCUGGUGCUCCCCAGGACUCUAUGUACAACAUGAGCUUGAAUGGUGGGGAUUCCUACCAGUCCAUGGGGGCCAAUGUACAGUCGCAGGUAAGCAGACUAAAGGUGUGA